AUGGAAUCUUUACGGAAACGUUUUAAGAUGGAACUAGUUUCAUGUCCAAACAGAUUGCAAAAACUUCUGAAUAAACAAACAUUUAAACAUUGCACUACAUACAGCGAAAAUCUAGCUGCCGUUUCGCUGGAAAAUAAAAUUAUCGAGUUCUGCAAACCGAUAUACAUAGGUUUCGCAGUACUAGACAUAAGUAAGACGCUGAUGUACGACUAUCACUAUAACGUAAUGCAGAAACAUUAUGGCGACAAAAUCGAGCUCAUGUAUACAGAUACAGAUUCUUUAGUAUAUUAUAUCCAGACCGACGACUUUUACAAUGACCUGGUGAAUAAUUCUAACUUGAUUGACCGAAUGGACACAGCAAAUCUACCCCGGGACCAUCCGUGUUACAUUGCUGAGAGAAAAAAGAUUCCCGGACUAUUUUCUGAUGAAACCGAUGGACGUAUUAUGAGAGAGUUUAUAGCACUCCGAGCAAAAUCAUAUGCUUACAUUUUAGAAGACAAGGAGAAAAUUAAGGCAAAAGGUGUCCGAGGGCACGUAGUUAAAAAUCAUAUGACUUUCAAGGAUCAUUUCGAUUGCCUUUUCGCCGAUGACGAAAAAGAGAGCUCUAAACUGUGUAGGGAAAAUAUCUCUAUCAGAUCAUUCAACCAUCAGAUUAAAACCAUCAAAUCCAACAAAUUAUGCUUCAACCGACAAGAUGAUAAACGGAUAGCACGAUCCGAUAGAAUACAUACCUACGCCCACGGACAUUUUAAAAUUAACUGUUAA